AUGCGGCUCCUGAGCGGGACCCCCUCGCUCGGAGCAGCGUCACUGCUGCUCCGCUCCUACACCGCAAAGGUCUUUUUGGUCUUCCUGCUUCUGUACCUGCUGCUCGUGCAGUAUGCCCGGACACGAUCCUACCGCGAUCCCACGUCCGUCUUCUUCGACCCCGAUAGGGGCUAUCGUCCCGCUUACUCGGCCGUGCGCGCUGAGCAGGCCAACUCCUUCAUCGAGCGUGUCGAUUCCGGCCAGAUCACGCCGUACAAGGCCUCUGCGAAUCCGGCGCUCUGCGUAGGCGUCGCGACGAUCGCGCGCAAUGGCGCCCGGUACUUCAAGACCGCGGUGGGGUCGCUACUGGAGAACCUGUCCGAGACCGAAAGAGCACAGCUGCAUCUGAUCCUCUUCAUAGCGCACAGCGAUCCGAACCAACACCCGGCUUAUUCGGAGAAAUGGCUCCACGAGGUCGCGGACACGGUGCUCCUGUACAACUGGGACGAGGUGGACAAGGACCACAUUGUCGAGCUCGAACAGGACCAUAACAAGAUCUCGGGCAGGGAGAAGGGGCUGUUCGACUACACCUACCUGUUGAAAGCGUGUCAUGCCGUCAACGCCUCCCAUGUGGUCAUGCUGGAGGACGAUGUUGUCCUCCUGGACGGAUGGCUUCACCGGGCUCGAACGGCAUUGGGUGCUGCGGCGCGUCAGACGGCGGAGAUGGGUUUGUCGAACUAUCUUUACCUCCGCAUGUUUUAUACAGAAGAAUUCCUCGGCUGGAAUAGCGAAGAAUGGCCGAUCUACUUGUUCUACUCCGUCCUCGCUGUUGCUGCAGUCGGAGCGAGCCUCCUCGGAACCCGACACUACUUCCCUUCGACGAGACGCUUCAUCCCCGACGAGACAAUCCUUCUCCUCUGUGCCGUCUGCACACCUCUCCUGAUCAUUCUGUUUUUCGCCGCGGGUCGGGUGACCAUGCUACCCAUGCCGGCCGGCGUGAACGAAAUGCCCAAGUUCGGCUGCUGCUCGCAGGGGUUCAUUUUCCCGCAGUCCCGGGUCCCCGACCUGGUGCAGUGGUACGAGUCGAGGCAUAUCGGCUAUGUCGACAUGCUCACGGAGGAAUACGCGGACCAGAACCGCGAGCUCCGCUGGGCGGUGACGCCGACGUUGCUCCAACACGUUGGCAGCAAGAGCUCCAAGGGGGACGAUUUCACCACCCGACCCAAAUACCACCGCAGCAUGUCCGAGCGGAUGUGGAGCUUUGCCUUUGAGACGAACGAUGCUGACGCUCUCCGGGCUGAACAUGAGGAGCACAAGCUCGACGUUCCCUAG